AUGUUGUACAUUCAUAAAGAUACAGUUUCAGCUUACCUCGCUGCGGACAUGCCUGAGAUCUCUCGCUCCUCUGAUUCUAAUGGCGUCGGCGAGGAGAGCGCCGGAAGCGGCGCCGGCGAGGACUCUCCGACGAGCAAGAAGCCGAGAUCCGACGUUAGGUUUCCGUUAUCUAGGUGGGAGCUCGCUGCUGCCAUCUCCGUCUUCGUCAUCUUUGCCGUUGGACUUUUCUGCAUAUUUCUCACUAUGCCUGAGGCUGAGUACGAUCGGAUCCUUCGAUUGCCGAGGAAUUUGGCGGAUCUGCGAAUUCUCAAAGAUAAUAUAGCAGUGUAUGCAAGUGAUUACCAAGCCCAAUUUAUGCUGGGCUACUGUGCAACAUACAUCUUCAUGCAGACAUUUAUGAUUCCUGGAACAAUAUUUAUGUCAUUGCUAGCUGGAGCUCUUUUUGGAGUUGUUAAAGGUGUCAUUUUGGUUGUUUUUACUGCCACUUCUGGUGCAUCAUCCUGCUACUUCCUUUCUAAGCUGAUUGGUAGGCCUUUGGUUAACUGGUUAUGGCCUGAAAAGCUGAGAUUUUUCCAGGCAGAGAUAGCGAAGCGGAGAGAAAAGCUGUUGAAUUAUAUGCUUUUCUUGAGGAUAACUCCAACAUUGCCCAAUACGUUUAUAAAUGUAGCAUCGCCAAUAGUUGAUAUACCUUUUCAUAUUUUCUUUCUUGCGACAAUGGUUGGUCUUAUUCCGGCAUCUUAUAUCACAGUCAGAGCUGGUCUUGCUCUUGGGGAUCUAAAAUCAGUCCGAGAUCUAUACGACUUCAAGACCUUGGUGGUUUUAUUCAUGAUUGGAUUCAUAUCUAUAGUCCCGACUAUCUUAAAACGAAAGCGGGCAUAUAAUGAGGAUUAGCUGCUGCUUUAUUCACGAUGAGUUGCUUACAUACACAACUGAUGGAAAAGAAACCUUGGCGGUUUUAAAGUAAUGUUAUGCCUGUCUUGUUUAGAAAUUCAAAUAUCUUCCAGAUAUCCUAGUUUUGUUUGAUUUGAUUCUCCGUUUUAUUUGGAGAGGUAGCUUAGAGGCUGCAGUGUAGAACUAGUCCUUUCGAAUAUGUGUAUUUAAAUCAUAAUAUAGCAUCUAAGAUCCUGAUGUAUUUGCCUUUUGUUGAAGAGAAAUGAAAUACAGAUUUAUGUCUUUA